AUGGAACAAGUGAAACGACAACGGAAUAGUAGUACCGAAGAUUCUAAUGAUAUGAAAAGAAAACAAGUUCAUAGUACACGUCAACCUGAAGCUUCAUUUGAUAUUAAUUUAUCUACAAAAUCUAUCAGUUAUUUUGAAGAUUUAUCUAAUGAAAUUAUUUAUGAAAUAUUUGAAUACUUUGAUUUUCAUUAUAUCUAUGAAAAAUUUUCAAAUUUGAACCAACGAUUUGUAAAUCUUAUUAUCAAUUCAAAUUAUCCGAUUAAAAUCAAUAUAUCAUCUAUAUCAAAACCAAAUUUUCAACGUUAUUAUACAAAUAUAAUUAUACCUUAUCAACAACGAAUAAAAUCACUUCGUAUAACAAACAUAUUUGCUGCUGAUAUUAUUUUGUCUUCACAAGAUAAUAUUUUAAAAUUAACUCGACUUGAAACACUUAUUUUAACUAAUAUUUCAUCAUCAUAUCUUCGUAAUCUUCAAUAUUUGACUAAUCUACCAAAAUUAUCUUCAUUAAUCAUCAUUUAUGAUGGUUAUACAAAGAUUGAUCAAGGUGAAGUUUAUCAUCAAAUAUUUCAACUACCAUUUUUAAAGUAUUUUAAUGUAUUAUGGGGAAUGGCGUUUACCGAUAUCGUAUCAUCAUUACCAUUUACUAUCAAUAAAUAUAGUUCAAUUGAACAUCUUGUUAUUAAAAAUGGUAUCCAACUUGAUACACUUUAUGUUAUAUUAUCAUAUGUUCCUCAAAUUCGUCGUUUAUCGAUUUCUAGGUUACUCGAACCUGAAAAAAGACAAAAUAUAACGUUUUCGAUUACAUUGAAUCAUUUAACAUAUAUAUCUCUUAAAUUAGCUCCUUUCGAUUUUCAUGAUUUCGAACUAUUGGCUAAAGAUCUCUUCCAUAAUCUUCAAGUAUUACAUCUCUAUGCCAGUCAUGAAAUAACAUAUUUAGAUGCAAAUCGAUGGCAAAAUUUAAUAUUAUCUCAUAUACCAAAUUUAAUAAUAUUCGAUUUUCAAUAUUUUUAUUUUACAGCUUUCGAAAAAGAUAUGAUGUCCAAUUAUGAAAAUCUAAUAAAAAAAUUUACUUCUUCAUUUUGGAUCGAACGACAAUGGUUUUUUUCUACUCAAUAUUCUUUUGGACACGAUGCAAAAGAUUUUCUUUUCUUUUCAGUAAAACCAUAUAAAAGAUCAACAUUUAUAUUAGAUGGAAUAUUUGAAGAAAAAUUAAACUUUGAUUCAGUUCAUCAUAUCGAGAUAGGCAGUAUACACGCAAUCGACAAGUAUAGAAAUUAUUUUCCAAAUGUUACAAAAUUAAGUUUCAUAAAUUAUUCGGUUCCAACUGGUAAUAUUAUAGAUAACAGUUUACCAUGUAUUAUUUCUUUAGAUCAACUUACUGAAAUAGUUGUUGACCUUGUAUCGAUAUAUUUUAUGGACUUAGUUAAAUUAUUAAGUGUUGCAGUAAAUCUUCAUACAGUAAAACUUUACGAUGUAUCAAUUGAUGAAAUAAAUCCUAUAACAAUUCAGCAAAAUUUAAUUUUUCAGUUGGCAUCGAAAACAAAUGUUGUCAAAAAUCUGACUUUAACAUAUGAGUGUCGUUUGAAAGUAAUUGAAUUAUUAUUUGCCUUAUGUCCACGAUUACAACAUUUUGAAUUACAUUAUGUUAUCACACCUUUUUUACCACCUUUAAUAAGAUUUAUUUUGUCAAAAACUAAUAACAAUAAUCGUCAUUUAUCUUCUUGGUCUAUUCUACAAGAGACUAUUGAAACAGAAGAAAUCUUGAAAAUGGUGAUUAAAAAUGAUCAAGUACUCAACGAUUAUAAGGUGGAAUAUUUUGAUAAUGAAGUACAUGUCUGGUGGUAA